GAAAAUUAGACAUGCUGGUAGCUACAGCUGGCACAGGAGGUACUAUCACUGGCAUCUCCAGAAAGCUAAAGGAAAAGUGUCCAGGUUGCAAAAUUAUAGGUGUUGAUCCUGAAGGCUCCAUCCUUGCUACACCAGAAGAACUGAACAAGACUGACAAGACAGCUUAUGAAGUGGAAGGAAUUGGAUAUGAUUUUGUCCCCACAGUGCUGGAUAGAUCUGCAGUGGACCAGUGGUACAAGAGCAAUGAUGAGGAGUCGUUUGCUUUAGCACGCAUGCUGAUCCGAGAGGAAGGACUGCUGUGUGGUGGCAGCUCAGGCAGUGCCAUGUCUGUAGCUUUGAAGGCAGCCAAAGAGCUGAAGGAAGGUCAACGCUGUGUUGUUAUCCUCCCUGACUCUAUUAGGAACUACAUGUCCAAGUUCUUGAGCGACAAAUGGAUGAUUCAGAAGGGGUUCAUGAAAGAAGAAGACCGUGUCAAAAAACCUUGGUGGUGGAACAUCAGUGUUCAGGAACUAAGCCUCUCUGCUCCCCUGACUGUGCUUCCAACUGUUACCUGUGCGAAGACUGUUGAUAUUCUCCGGGAGAAGGGAUUCGACCAGGUACCGGUUGUUGAUGAAUCUGGGGUGAUUUUGGGCAUGGUUACCCUGGGUAACAUGCUUUCUUCACUGCUUGCUGGAAAAGUUCAGCCUUCUGAUGAAGUCAGGAAAGUAAUCUACAAGCAAUUUAAACAGAUUAACCUGAAAGACAGCUUGGGGAAACUCUCUCAUAUCCUGGAAAUAGAUCACUUUGCUCUAGUGGUUCAUGAACAAAUUCAAUAUCACUCUGAUGGUUCCUCCAGUAAGCGGCAAAUGGUGUUUGGCAUCGUUACAGCCAUUGACCUGCUUAACUUUGUGACUGCACGAGAACGGGAAAGAAAGUCCAGCUAAAGUCAAGUAGCA